AUGCUGGGCUUUCUCGGCCUAUUCUUCACGGCCGGAGCUCUAUUGUUAAUGUUCCUCACUCUACUUGGAGGAGCCAGGAACUCGACCCCGUUGAACGAAAUCUAUUUCCUCCAAGUCAACACGGGCAACAUCCCAGGCGCACCGGCAGUGUCUCGAUGGACAUACUGGAACCUUUGCGCCGUGAACGACAAGGGGAAGAGUGAAUGCGGAAGUUCCUACCCCGACUACCCAUUCGACCCCCCAAGCCACCGCACCUUCGACACGACAACCAACAUCCCCGCGGCAUUCAUCGGAUCAAAGCACUACUUCCUGACCUCCCGCUUUAGCUUCCCGUUCCUCAUCAUCGCCCUCUUCUUCGGCGUUGUCUCCCUCCUUACCGGGUUCCUAGCCAUGUGCACCCGUAUCGGCAGCUAUAUCUCCUCCCUGAUGGCAUGGAUCGCCCUGGUCUUCCAGAUCCUCGCUACUUGCCUGAUAACCGCCGUCUACGUCCAGGGUCGCAAUAGGUUCAAUGAGAACGGCCAAAAAGCCACUCUAGGCGCCAAGUCCUUCGGUUUCAUGUGGACAGCAGUCGCAUGUCUUUUCCUCUCAUGCAUAUUGUACUGCCUCGGUGGCUCAGUCGGUCGCAAAGAGUCCGGGUAUAGCGGUCGUGAGCACCGUCGUCGUGGUUUCUUCUCCUCCAAUCGGUCUAAUAGCGUUCAAAGCAACAAGGAAGCCAACCCAUAA